UAUUCAAAUUAAAAAUGAAAAUAAGGAUCCGAAUGUAAAUAAUUAUACUUUGGUUUACUUUAAUCACUUCUCUCAUUACUAAUCAAGCACCUUUACACGCUUGCUCCUGCAGUUCACUCUCAUCAGUGAAGGAUGAGCGCCCGCUACCCGACAACCAUAACCCCGACCCAAACCCGAAUAGGCUGGGUAGGCAUAGGCGUGAUGGGCUCCGCCAUGGCCUCCCGCCUCCUCUCUGCGGGCUACUCCGUCACCGUCUAUGACCGAACCCCGUCAAAGGCCGCCCCUCUCCAAUCCAAAGGGGCCCAUCUGGCUCCCUCCGUCGCCGACCUCGCCCGUGCAAGUGAUGUCGUCUUCACGAUGCUGGGACACCCAUCAGAUGUUCGACAAAUUGUGCUAGAGAACCUUGUUCCUUCUCUCAAUCCCAAUAGCGUUAUUAUUGAUCACACUAGCAGCCACCCCACCCUGGCUAAGCAGAUUUAUGAUUCUGCCCUUGAAAGACACUGCCACUCCGUUGACGCCCCAGUUUCCGGAGGCGACAUCGGAGCGAGAGAUGGCAAAUUGGCGAUAUUAGCCGGGGGAGACGAGGAUGUUGUGAAGUGGUUAAAACCACUGUUUGAUGAAAUGGGGAGGGUGACUUAUGUUGGCGGCCCUGGGAAGGGACAGCAUUGUAAAAUAGCGAAUCAGAUAACCGCUGGGGCGAAUUUACUUGGGCUGAGUGAAGGGCUGGUUUUCGCGGAGAAAGCCGGUUUGGACAAAUUGAAGUUUGUGGAGGCUGUGAGAGGCGGUGCAGCUGGAUCAAUGGUGAUGGAGUUGUUCGGGGACAGGAUGAUCAACAAGGACUUCAAGCCUGGCGGGGUCGCGGAAUAUAUGGUGAAGGACUUGGGAAUGGGAGUGGAUGUUGGCGAAGAGGAAGGGGAUGAAGUGGUGGUAUUGCCUGGCGCUGCAUUGACUAAACAAUUGUUUGCUUCUAUGGUGGCUAAUGGGGGUGGGAAGCUGGGCACCCAGGGGCUAAUAUCUGUCAUUGAGAAGAUCAAUGGCAGUUAAGAUAACAAAGUGAAAUCAUAGCCUCAAGCAAAUAUCAAGUUAAGAUAGCACACUAGACUAGCUGAGCUUGUUUAUGUAAUGUAAUUUUAAUCUAAACCUCUACAAGGGCUCACGUAGCUUUCGAGCUGGACGUGUUUUUUUUGUC